AUGGAGGGCAUCGCGGUCAACGUUGACGUCAAGGGCAAGGCCUACGCGGAGGAGCAGGAGGAGGCCUCGCACUCGUGUGCGGGCGUGACGAUUGUCUACCGUGAGGAGGUCGUGCGGUGUCGCAUGAGCGAAUCGAGCAGGAGCGCGCUCGCGGCCGUUGGCCUGCCGCGCGGGCACGUCCACAACAUCAGGAACACAUCUCCUGGAUGGAGGCGGCCUCUUCCUCCUGCGCGGGCGCGCAACGGCGCCGCCGGCCCAGCUGUGCUCCGCCGGCGUGCGACCGCCGAGGGCCUCAGGGGCUCCUCGGCGGGGCCCGCGACGGGCGGGCCCGUCCGCGCGGCCGGGCCGGGCAGCGGGCGGCUCGGGCGCGCGGCCAGCCUCGUAGCCUGGCGGGCAGCGAGGUGCCCGCAGCAGCCUUCGCGGCGCUGGCUCGUGGGCGGCGGAGUGAGCUCGGCGGCGGGCCCGCGGCGGCCAGGCCAGAGCUCGCGCUUCCGCGGUCAAGCGCUUCCUCAGACAGCUGAGCAUCGACGGAUCAGUACGGAGAGCGUGAAGCACGACUAUUGA